AUGGUUUCAGUCCUUGAUCAAAUAAAACAAUUUACCACAAUCGUUGGCGACUCUGGUGACUUCAUGUCGAUGAAAAAAUUUGAUCCCCAUGAAGCGACCACAAAUCCGUCGUUGGUUUUAGAAGCAACUAAAAAACCUCAUUAUGAUUAUUUAAUUAAUUCGGCUAUUGAAUAUGUGAAGA